AUGAAGUUACUAGUGUUCCUUCUGCUGGCCACAUGUGGUGUGACCCUGACAGCGAAACUUUCCAACAAAUUGGAAGGCAUUUCAGCGCCAUCUUCCUUGAGCAAAUAUCGCAGCGUAGUGCCCAAAUCGAAUCCAACGACGAGAAACGCAAACAUUACGGAGGAGUUUUUCACUACCGAAGUGGAUCAUUUCAAUAACCAAGAUGGUGCUACGUGGAGCAACCGAUAUUUGAUGUUAAUGGAUCACUUUGUAGAAGGUGGUCCUUUGUUGAUCUUUCUCACGGGGGAUAUUCCACUCGAUGCGUCCUUAAUCGACGAAAGUACGCUCAUCAACGAAAUGGCCCGUGAUUUGGGUGGAGCUGUAUUUGCACUUGAAACACGAUUCUACGGCGAAAGUCAACCGGUUGGUGAUCUUAGUGUGGAGAGUUUGCGUUUGCUAAACACCGAACAAAUUCUAGCAGAUGUGGCCGACUUUGUGCUUCAUCUACGACGCACUGUAAUUCGUAAUCCAUUCGCCCAUGCACUUGUAGCCGGUAAUGGGCUUGGAGGAGCAUUAGCCACGUGGUUUCGCAUACGGUAUCCGCAUCUGGCAGAUGCUGCUUGGUCGUCAAGCGGUUAUCUAAAUGCGGUGUACGACUUCCAAGAAUUCUCCUUCGGAUGGGCCGAAACGGCAAUCGUAGCAGGUAGCCAGGAGUGUUACAAUCGUAUCUUCAUUACUUUCCAUGUGGCACAGAAUUUGAUCGAUUCCGGGUUCGGGGAGGUACUGUACAAUAAGCUAAAUCUUUGUAGCCCAGUCGAUACGGACGAUCGUAUGGAGGUGGCAUACUUCUUCAGCAUGCUGAUGACCUCCAUCGAGCUGUACACGCUACGCAAUGGAAACAUUGAGGAGUUUGAGACAGUGUGUAAUGAUAUUACACGCGAAGGGUUCUCAACAUCCCUGGAAGCAUUUGCUCUCUGGUUUAACACACGCUUUGUGGAGGAUGACGGUUGCAUUAUUGUAAGCUUCGAUCAAUUUGUGGAAACGCUUGGGGAAACAUCCGUAUCGGCGGAGAUUAGUAUGGCAGGGGAACGUCAAUUUCUGUACCAGCAGUGUACCGAAUACGGGUGGUUCUUUACGACCGAUUCUGAUCUGCAACCGUUCGGUGAGCGGGUCCAGAUGGAACUAUACUACGAGAUGUGCCGGCGUGUGUUUGGUGAGUGGAUUACACCCGAGCUUAUGUUCCGCUCGACCGAAAGAACGAACGAACGAUUCGGUGGUAGCACACCGAACGUCAUGCAGGUUCACUUUACGAACGGUGCGUUCGAUCCAUGGCGUUAUACGAGCAUCGUGUCCGAUCUGAAUGCGUACGCACUUUCUGAUGUGAUCCCGGGCGAGCUGGCUGGAGCAGAUCUGGGUGCCAUUUCGGAAGGUAACGAUUCGGCAGAGUUGAUCGCGGUGAAACGCCGUCUGAAGGAAUUGGUUGAAAGCUAUCUGUUUCCAUUCAAUCCACGAUAAGCACAUAAUUGACAUAUUGAUUUUUAGUCCCAUAAAGAUAAAGCCCAUAUCAAGCAGUAAAAAAAGCUCUGAUUAGAAAUCAAAUUUGGUUUUUUAUUUUAAUUAAUCAU